AUACUAUUAUUGACAAUUCGUAUGAGAAUAAUAAUAAUAAUUAUUGUUGUUGUUGAAUUAUUAUUUUGCACCAAUACUUAGGGCCGUCAUCGUCGUCUAUUUGCCGUCGUCGAAAUGUUAGCGACCACCAAGCGCGCAACUAUUGUUGCGCUGUGGUUGGUGUGCUGUUACUAUGACCAAGCGGCCACUAACAGACACGAUCACGUACGGACAAAGAGCUCGACACGUGAGCAUAAAACCCAACACCUGACGACCGGCAUGCCCUUGGUAACCAUGAUGGCCGGCACCGCUACCGUCAACGGUGGAAGAUCAACAGACACAGACAUUGACACCGAAGCCGACACCAAAUCUUCAAACGUGGAUACUGGCAGCGGUAGCAUUGGUGGGCUGCGCAAUUUCUUGUUUCGUAAACCGAACAAAAUUUUGAAUAGCCUCAUGCAGACUAGUGUCAGAGUCGUACAACGUGGCAUGGACGCAUUCCAGGGGGUGUCAAACAAGAUGUACCACGUGGCCCGGAAACAGAUCGGUGGUCAGCAUACSGGCAGCUCUUCGUCGGAAUCCUCGAGUAAAUCGAACGAGGGUGGUGGUAAAACCCAGACACCGGUCAAGCGACAAACAGUAAAAAAACCGACCGGCUUCAUCAAGAGGGUUGCCAAAAUGCUCGACACCGGUAUCGCGGGCAUGGAACAGGUCACGGAUCUGGGCUUGCUGUUGGGCAAUAUAGGCACGCACAAGAUCAUGGCCAACCUGAACGGAGAGAGUGGCAACCAGGAGAUAUUUAAAAUGCUUAUCAAAUAUGUCGGUUCCAGAGUUGGCAAAGGAGCCAAAAGCAGUGUGACCCAAUUUGUCAAUGAUGUGGGAACGGUAUCGACUUUUGCAGCCACAGACGACGAGAUCACAAAUUCAAUUUCCACGCUAAUGGAAAAGUUAAUGAGUAACCCCAAAGCGAGCGCAGCCAUGGUGCGUUUGGUCCUCACUGUUUUGGACGGCAGUCCGUCUACGUCAUGCUUGCUAGACCAAUUGCCGUUGUCUCCUCAAGACGUACGGAUGGUGUUCGAUGUAUUCGUGGGCAGCAACGGACAAAUUAUGUUAAAAACUAUUGCGGGGCUGGUGUCCGACUUGACCACGGGACCAGAUACGAAAGCAUUUUUAGAAUCGGUUUUGGGAAUGAUGUCCAUGUUCAAAAGUGACACUCCAGAGUCAGCGGGCGCCGAUCAUUCGGAGAAGCCGACGUCUAUUGUUGGUUCACUCAMUAGUUUCUUUACGGGCAGGGAAGACGAGGGAGAAGAUGAUAUUGAAGAUGAAAUCACUGAAAAGUAUAUACCACCUCCAUUGGUCAAUAAUAGAAAAAAGAGUAGCAGUACUGAUUUCAACGGAAACAUAUCGAAACCAUCUGCAAAAAAACCAUCCAAACAUAAGUUUGACGAUGACGAUUGGUUCAGUAAAAACGAAGACACGUUCGAAUCACUAACGAAAAAAGAAAAAGUCAAUGGAGACCCUUGGUUCAGCGAUGUCGGAAUUGAAACUAAUAAAUUACAAAAAAAGCCAGCCAAAUUUAAAUCAGACGAUAGGUUCGAGAGUAGUCGUGCCAAUAGCGUCAACAGAAAUUUUCAGAGAAGCAAUAAAAAAAAUGAAGUUAGGAAGAAAUUAGAGUCUCUAAGUAAUAACAAUAAGGACUUCAUUGAUGAUUCUAAAUUGAGAAGUGUAACGAAAAAUACAAAAGCUGUAGCUGAAAAGCAAAACACGGACGAGGAAGACGAUUUCAACAUAUUUGAAGAUGACUUAUAAUAAGGGACUUUAUCCCCCAACCUACAGUUUACAGAAUUCACCUAAAUAAAUA